AUUGCAGAGAGCCAGUAGCUUCCGUAAAUGUGAUGGUCCCGUUUGACUGUUUAUUUCUUGAAAUACUUUUUCACAAGACACAGCACUUCCUUACGAGCAAUGGCUCCCGGUAGACAGUACACAAACCACCCCGAUCCUAUGGAUCUGUGGCUGGAAACUCAAGGGUACUAUAGAAAGUCAACUGCCAGGGAUGGUUCAUGCCUUUUUCGAGCCAUGGCUGAGCAAAUAUAUUAUACCCAAACAUUUCAUCUAGGAGUCCGUAAAAUGUGUGUGGAGUAUAUGCGUAAUCACUUGGAAUUAUUUGAUGGGCAUCACAUAGAAGGUGGCAUAGAAAAUUACUUAGAGCAUCUUCAAUGCUCUGUACAAUGGGGAAGCCACUUAGAAAUUCUAGCCAUGUCUCAUCUUUACAAGGUUGAUAUUGUAAUCUUCAAAGAAGUAGGAGUUCCUGCUGAGAAAGUAGCUGAUACCUGUUAUGGUAAAAAAGUAAUGUUGUGCUUUUCACAUGACCGACACUAUGACUCAGUCUAUUUAAAAGAGUUCACUAAGAUAGCUGGGUUUUGUCAAUCUCUAGUUUAUGAAAUGUUGUACAAGAAUGUUUUUGGAAUGAAGGAUGUAGAUUUUGCUGUUGACAAGAUGUUGCACUACAAGCCACUUCGACACAGAGGAGAACCUGGUUCUGGUGGUUCUCGCAAAUUCUUCAGUUACAGUUGUAACAGUAUUCAUCUCCAGAGGAAGGGAAUACUUGUGGAUGCUUUACUUGAUGAUGGAGAAGUAAAUGUCCGAGAAUUAUUGAUGAAAGGAGUAACCCCUUUUCCAUACAAAGUAGCAAAAUCUCUAGAUCCUAACAUUUAUCGCAAUGUUGAAUUUGACGUUUGGAUAGACUACAGACGAGGACUUCGUCUAGGAUUCUUUGGUUCCAAUAAUGAACUGCGUGUUGGAGUGAAAUGUCUUGUGAAAAUUGAAGAGAACUCCCAUGUGGCACAUGUACAAGAGAUGGCUCCUGAUAAGGGUCCUGUUGUUGUGUUUGUAGAAGCUCUUGGUGAGAAAUGUACGGUUCCAUUUGAAAGUCUAGAACUGCUACCAAUUGAACCCCCAACUCACAAACAAGUUUCUUCAAACCAAUCCAACCAGCGUAAUGCCCCAAAUCUGGGACAUAUGAAGUCAUCAGAGAGCUCUGGAAACAACAAGCUACGGAAGGGAAGGACAGAGAGUGACAAGGCAAAAGGUACUUUUGCCAACAAUGCACAGCUUGGGUUGUCAUCAAAUGGACGCAGACGUAAUAACUCCAAAAGUGAUCAAAGCAGUGUCACUGAUAUCAGCUGUGACACACUAAAUAGAUCAUGUGGAAUGUAUCAGGAGGCAAAUAUGAUGAACAGCUUUCCUAACUUUCCCGUUGAUGGUUAUACUUCUACUGGUGGAUAUCAUCCUUAUCAAAUCCUUAUUCCUGUCAGUCCUCGCCCUGAUGAUGUGCCCACUCAUUGGUUCCCUUCAAGUGAUGCAGAAGGUUCUACUGAACUUAGCACAUCACCAGCAGGUGGAGAUUUCCACUACUUUACUCAGCCUGCCGAAGCCGCAAGUACAUCAACCAUGGGAGAAGAAAAUGCAGACUCUUCAAAAGAUUUGUCCCAGAGUGAUUUAACGGACAGUAAUGCUAAUUACAUGCUUGACUUGAAUUCACAAGAACAUCAAAUUAACUUCAAUGCACCAAAAUCAAUCUUGGAUGAUGGUGCUGACUUGCCCAUCUCAGAUAUUCAAACUCUUCGUUUUUUCUACAAUCUAGGCAAUGAUGUUUAUCGUGCUCAAUGUGGUUUGUAUGGAUGGGGAGGCUACACUCAACCAUGUCCUGUAACAGCUCCUUCAACUCCAAAUCCCACAGCAAUGUGUGCUGGCAAAUGUGUAUGUGGACCAGUGUGCAUAACAACUGUUCCUACUAUUCACCGCCUCUUAGAACCGACCACACCACCUACUAGUUCAAGGCGUAGAAGGAAAGAUAGUGCAAGUGGAGUCCUAGCAGCAAGUGAAGCAGAAUCUUUUAGCUCAGGACCUAAUUCACAAUCAAGCCAAGCUACUUCAACUCCAUUAGCUAGUGUGCCUCCACGAUUUAGAGGAAAAGGGAAAAACAAGAAGGAUGCUAAAGCUUUUGAAGGACAACCUCUAGUUCAUCAACCUACUCUUCAAAUUCCUUCAGCUGAGGAUCCUGUGAAGAAUGAAACUCAAAAUAAUGGUUCUGUAGGGGAGCUUUCUUCACCUGCAGGUCUACCAGUGUCAUUUUCACCACCGUACAGCUAUGUUUAUUAUCCUACUAGCCCUGUGGUGCCAUAUUCUCCUGUGGAAUCUGACCCUUAUUUUACACCAUUGAGGUUGCAGUUCCCAACUGAUUACAUUCCGGAUGCACCACAAUCACCACAGUGUUACUCCCUGAAUGGGGACAUGAGCAUUUAUGGUUCUUCUCCUCAAUUUUCUAUGAUGGCCACUUCUCCACAUUACCUUGUGCCAGCUUCUCCUGGCAUUUAUGUCGGCUCUCCACCAGCUUGGGGCCCAAUGACACCUUCAACUCCUCAACAGCAGAGCUGAUUGACAUGUCUCAAAUUCUCACUUAUGAACGAUCUAACAAUUCUCAGCUAAAUAUACACUUCACAUGAAGACCUGAGUUUUAGAUGCUAUGAUGACUCAUCGGUUAAUUGGUGGUGGUUAGAACUCCAUUUUUCUCAUUUUUUCAACAUUGCCAAAGCUAUUCUUUAAUUUAAUACUAUGACAAGUUCUUUUUGAAAUAGUUGGAUUCAUGUUUGAUUUUCAGUCAAAUGUUCAUUGAUUUGUUUAGAUACAUACCUGUUGCUUUGCUGAAUCUUUUUUAAUCAGUUCACAGCUUUUUUUAAGUAUCUAGAUAGAAGUUGACUGGAGUAUAUAAUUUUCUUCCUUUGAAAUUUUAUUUUUGUUAUAUUUCUUAUGACUGCUAAUGUUGAAUUUGGGAUCAAAGAUAAUUGGGGCUAUAUUAUUUUCAAGUUGAUCUGUUAUACAGUACUUGACUAUCAAUGUUAAAUGUUAGGCUUAAUCAAGUUGAUCCAUCACACAUGAAAAUUUGUGUCUGCUGUAAGUAUUUUUACAUACUGUAACUGUCAGACCUCUAUUAUACACUGUUGUUAUAUAAAUUUUAUGAAGGUUAAUCUCAAA